CGUCUCGCACGUCUUUCCGCGUCAAUCUGUUUCGUCCCAAACUAAUCGGCUUCGUGACCGAACUCACGCGAUACAGUCGCAACUAGCUGGGAACGCAUCGACGGGAUCGCGGCUUACAGAGACCCCCAUUUUUCUCCUUCCGCUCUUCUCCUGCCCGAAACCAUUGAGGAAGACAGGCUUUAAAGCUUUUUGAAGAUCAUGGCUGUCGUAUCUGCCUCCUUGUCGCUGCACUCCCCUCUUCAUGUAUCGAAUACAAGCCUCUUCGGUUCCUCCUCCGAUUGCUGCCCCCCUUCAUCCGGGCACAACAGAUCCAGUAGCGGAGCCGAGAAAACAGCUUUUGAAAAAAGGGCCGUCUUCCUCGGCCGUCGUGUUACCUUCGGAGGCAUCCACUUCGGCCUUAUCCUCCGUUUUCCCCCCAACUUCGUGCGCCAACUUAGCAACAAGGCUCGCCGGAACUGCAGCAACAUCGGUGUAGCUCAGAUCGUUGCGGCUUCGUGGUCUAACGACCAGCCCCCUUUUGAAUCUUCGGUGUCCGCCACCUCUCUGGCUGCCGCGGCUGUUGUUUUUCCGGAGGAGAUGACUGAAUCUACCAAAUGUGAUUCUGAUAUUCUCUCCCCCGAAGCUGAGGUUCCGAAUGCUGCCACUACCACACCAGCCAUGUCUGCUUUAUUUGGCUCCGAUCAGAGCCUUACUGUACAUGCCGGUGAACGAUAUGGUCGUGGCCUGGUUACGGAUUCCAUUACUACCCCGCUUGUUAGGACUUCCGCCUACUGGUUCAGGAAUUCGGAUGAGUUGAUCGAUUUCAAGGAGGGAAGACAUGAUAGUUAUGAGUAUGGUCGCUAUGGAAAUCCCACCACAAUGACAUUGGAGGAGAAAAUGAGGGCGUUGGAACAAGCAGAGUCAACUCUCUUUGUGUCCUCUGGGAUGUAUGCUACCGUGGCGUUGUUUGGGGCAUUAGUUCCUGCUAAUGGGCAUAUUAUCACUACGACUGAUUGCUACCGGAAGACCCGAAUGUACAUUGAGAAAGAGCUUCCAAAAAUGGGUAUUAAGGUUACCAUCAUUAAUCCUGCUGAUAUGAAUGCACUGAAGUGUGCACUGGAUCAAGAAAAUGUUUCUCUCUUCUUUACAGAGUGUCCAACUAAUCCUUUCCUUAGAUGUGUUGACAUUGCGUUGGUUUCAAAGCUUUGCCAUGAUAAAGGGGCUUUAGUUUGCAUAGAUGGAACCUUCGCGACACCUCUUAAUCAAAAAGCCUUACCAUUGGGUGCUGAUUUAGUUCUUCAUUCCGCAACAAAGUAUAUUGGUGGUCAUAAUGACGUGCUUGGAGGUUGCAUUAGUGGGUCAGAACAGCUAGUUUCAAAAAUACGCCUACAUCAUAAUGUUAUUGGCGGUGUUCUUAAUCCUGAUGCGGCUGCUAUGUUCAUCAGAGGCAUGAAAACUUUGCAUCUGCGUGUACAGGAACAGAAUAACACAGCACUUAGGAUAGCCCAAGUUUUAGAGGAGCAUCCCAAGAUUUUGAGGGUUUAUUAUCCAGGGCUGCCAAGUCACCCGGAGCACCACAUCGCCAAGAGGCAAAUGACUGGCUUUGGUGGUGUGGUCAGUUUUGAGGUUAUGGGUGACUUCAACGCUACUAAACAGUUCAUUGAUUCUUUAAAGAUACCUUACAUCGCCCCAUCCUUCGGUGGUGUUGAGAGUAUUGUUGAUCAGCCUGCUAUCAUGUCUUACUGGGAUAGCAAAGAGGAUAGAGUGAAAUAUGGGAUCGCGGACAAUCUUGUUAGGUUUAGUUUUGGAAUAGAGGCGUUUGAGGACCUGAAAGCCGAUAUCUUCCAGGCUCUCGAAACAAUCUAAGUGCAACUCAACCCAUGCUGUCUAAGGUGAAAAAUGAAGGAAUUCCUCUUUGUAAGCCUUCUUUUUUAACCAUCAAUAUUGUUGAUCUGCUGUGUGGUGUAACACUUUCUGAUACUCUUUUAAUCCUCUUGAGAGAGCUUAUGGAAAAUAAGCUCAUGUUAGUCUUGUUGUUGUAUGAUUUUUUUUGCGGAAAUUGACAAUUUUGUUUGUGUCAAUAGAGUUCCUGUUGGAGUGAA